ACCAUCUGGCCAGGCGGUGGCCUCACGGCCCUUCCUACUGGUCUGGUGGGGGUGACAGUAGGUCUGCGGGGGUGGCCAUCCUGAUCAGGGGAGGUAACUUUGCACUUGAUUCCGUCCGGGAGCUCGUCUGUAGCAGACUUCUCGUCGCAGACGGUUCCUGGGUGGGUGAGCCCGUGCGGCUCAUCAACGUGUAUGCCUCCCCUGAGAGGGAUGUCCGACUGGAGGUUCUCCAGGCCCUGCGGGCUGAGCUCGCCACCACUAGGGCAGUAGUGUUGGGUGGUGACUUCAACUGCCCCAUUGAGGUGGACGGGCGCAGUUCUGGCACAUCCGCCAACCUGGACGUCUAAGCUGCUGAUUGAGAUGGUGACAGAGGCAUCCUUGCAGGACGUUGUUGGGUCCAUUGGGAACGGCUCCGUAAACUAUACGUGGAGCUGCCCCGAUGGCUCGCUCCGUUCUCAGAUAGACUUCAUCUUCACUUCGAGAGCAGUCAGAAAGGUGUCAUACUCUAUGGUCCCCUGCUUAUUCUCUGACCACAGGGCCAUUCGAUUUCGGGGGACUCUGGGCCAUGGAUUCCCACCUGGCCCAGGCUCCUGGAAGUUGAAUUGUGCCCUGUUGGAGCAGAGGGAGGUCAUGGAGGAACUUAGGGAUGCGUACCUUGUAUGGCGUAAUGACAAAUGUCUGUUUAACUGCAUCAGCGAUUGGUGGGAAUAUGUUAAAGUCGAGUUCCGUUGUUUCUUUCAGGCAAAAGGCAGAAAACAGGCGUGUGCGAAGAAGUGGGACUUCAGGAAAUUGCAGCGCGAGCUGCGGUCCCGGCAGGACCUGCUCCAGUGUGGCUGGGAUGUCAGGGAGGAGCUGGAGGAGACCAAAAAGAGCUUGAAAAGGCACUUUGAGGAGGAAUCCAAGCGAAUCGUCUUUCGUUCCAAGGUGGAGGACCUGGAGAAGGAGCUCUUCGCUGAGACUAUCCGGCAGAAUGGAGAGAUCAGAGGGAUCACCGCACCAGGACCAGAUCGCUACGAGGUCAAGUGCCCGCUCUACAUGGACGACGUGACCGUCUUCUGUGCUGACCAGCGUUCGGUGACUGCACUCAUCCAGACCUGCGAGGACUUUGGCAGAGCUUCUGGGGCAAAAGUCAACUGCGGGAAGUCGGAAGCCAUGCUCUUCAGGGAAUGGCACCUGGAGGCCUGGCGCCUUAUGAACUGUUUUAAGGACGCAGUGUGGCUUGCCAGGAACCGCCUCGUGAUCAACAGGGAGAACAUGUCCGUCCGGGACUGCCGCAGGUUCAUCAAGAGCCUGCUUAGAGACUAUUCCAUCUUGGACAGCCCGGCCGUUGAUGAGGAAGAAGAGGAGUGAAGACCCCUCUCCUUCUCCCAUGUCCCUUUGAAGAUACAGCCCAGCAGUUUGGCCCUGUGAUACGCCCCCUCCCCACCUCCACAUAGUUGCCCAUACAGCCACACAGCCCACGCCCCUACCCCGAUCACAGAUUGUAUUGUUUUGUUGUUUGAUGUCUUGUGCUUUUCUAUUACAGGAUUGAGCGGAGUGUUAGAGUAGCAUGAUGUGCAUGUAUAGCUUAGGGAACCUUUGCUGUGUAUUGUACUGUCAUGCUUUGUGUGAUUGUAAUUUAUUGUAUGACUUGUAAUGACUGA